AUGUUCGCCGCUCCUCGAAUGGCCUCCAUGUUCCAGCGCCGUGCCUUCUCGGCCUCGGCUCGCCAGCUGUCUAAGGUGACCGUCCUCGGUGCUGCUGGUGGCAUUGGUCAGCCUCUUUCCCUGCUGCUCAAGCUCAACCCUAGAGUGACUGAGCUUGCCCUGUACGAUAUUCGCAUGGCUCCUGGUGUUGCCGCAGACAUCUCCCACAUCAACACCAAGUCCACUGUCACGGGCUACGACCCUACCGCCUCCGGCCUGGCCGAUGCCCUCAAGGGCGCUGAGGUUGUCCUCAUCCCCGCCGGUGUCCCCCGCAAGCCCGGUAUGACCCGUGACGACCUGUUCAACACCAACGCCUCCAUCGUCCGCGACCUGGCCAAGGCCGCCGCCGAGGCCUCCCCCGACGCCAACAUCCUCGUCAUCUCCAACCCCGUCAACUCCACCGUCCCCAUCGUGGCCGAGGUCUUCAAGGCCCGUGGUGUCUACAACCCCAAGCGCCUGUUCGGUGUCACCACUCUCGACGUCGUCCGUGCCUCCCGCUUCGUCUCCCAGGUCAAGGGCACCGACCCCGCCGACGAGAACAUCACCGUUGUUGGUGGCCACUCCGGCGUGACCAUCGUCCCUCUCUUCUCCCAGUCCGCCCACCCUGACCUGUCCUCCAACGAGGAGAUCGUCAAGCGCGUCCAGUUCGGUGGCGACGAGGUCGUCAAGGCCAAGGACGGUGCCGGCUCCGCCACCCUGUCCAUGGCCAUGGCUGGUGCCCGCAUGGCCGAGUCUCUGCUGCGCGCCUCCCAGGGCGAGAAGGGCGUCGUUGAGCCCACUUUCGUCGACUCCCCUCUGUACAAGGACCAGGGCAUCGACUUCUUCUCCUCCAAGGUCGAGCUCGGCCCCAACGGUGUCGAGAAGAUCCUGCCCCUCGGCAAGCUGGAUGCCAACGAGGAGAAGAUGCUCGAGGCCUGCCUGGCUGACCUCAAGAACAACAUCGAGAAGGGUGUCGCCUUCGUUGCCAAGAACCCCGGAAACUAG